AUGGUUACUGAAAGUACUUGGGGGUCACCUAAAGUGGUGAAUAUUUCAACUGAUAAACUAAUCAAUGGUAGCUAUGCUCCGAAAUAUUGUCGACCAGCUUUUAGUGUUGCAAUCUUGGUACCAUACAGGAACAGGAAGGAACAUUUGAACAUAUUUUUGCCCAAUAUACACAAUUUUCUGAAAAUGCAAAAUAUACACUACAAAGUAUACUUAAUUGAGCAACAAGACGAACACCCGUGGAAUAAGGGCAUACUCUUCAACGUCGGUGCCAAGCAAGCCAUCGCCGAUGGCUUCCCCUGCCUCAUCCUCCAUGACGUCGACUUGCUGCCACUAGACCACAGCAAUUUGUACGCCUGCACGAUUCAGCCACGCCAUAUGAGCAGUUGUAUCGAUGAAUUCAGAUUUGUCUUGCUCUACGACAUCAUAUUUGGAGGAGUUGUAUCGAUAAGAAGUGAUCAAUACAAAACAGUAAAUGGAUUUUCGAAUAAAUUUGAUUAUUGGGGAGGUGAAGAUGAUGAAUUCCUUGAGAGGAUUUUUGAAAACGGCCUUAAGAUGCAAAGAUUUCCACCUGACAUGUCCCGGUACACAUUGCUUCACGGCCACGCACCGCGGGUAGACAACAAGAACCGAUGGAUCAUCCGCGCUGAGAACCGCCGCACGCGCAGGCGAGGUGACGGGCUUGACUCUGUUCAGAAACACGUGUUAAAGGUCACCGUCGAAGGUCACCCGAUGUACACCCUGCUUGGAGUGAAGCGGAAUUAUUCCAUAACAUGA